UUUUUAACACCACAACGCCAUAAAUGACACUUUGAAUGUAUUUUCUGAAACUUAUUCGUGUGCUGUUGACAUAGCCGACAAAGCCCGUGUGAACCGUGAACAGGACCGGUUUGAAACCCGGUUCGUGACAACUGGUACAGCCGGUUCCAGUGUCGCUGUAAUGACCCCAUACAGCCGCAACAGUCGUGUCGACGAGUGCCUCUGGGUUAUCGAUCAGUCACUGGCACAUCGGAAUUGUUUGUUCGGUUAGUUAACCGUAUGUGUCACCUUGGCACUCUUGUUAGAAAAUGACAAACAUAAUGUUGAGGCGCUGUUCGUGUUCACUGUGGUCCUUUCAGUGUUUGGUCUGAGGUUUUGUGACAACCACUAAUGUGAACACCAAACAAUUCACUAUCACUCUGGAGGAAACGUGUUCCUGUUUGUAUGUGCUCACUCCACUGCACUGUACUGCCAACUGGGGUUAGUGGCUCCUGCACGACAGAAACAGUUUGGACAAAUCAGCCCUCAUUCAGAAAUGAAGACUUCACUGAAGAUCAGCAGGUAGACAUCGAGAUACAUUCCAGACAUUUUCAUCAACACUGGACAGCAAGUUAACUACAGCUGUCUACUCCUGCCACUCCUCCAAACCUGCUUCCCUACACACCUCACUGCCAAAGUCUUCAGCAUGUAUCAGAUUGUCCCGGUGGCUCCUGGGGAGCAGCAGACGGCUGGGGGAGCUGGUGGUUCUCCACUGAAGAAGAAACUGGCUCAUGAAGGCCGGCCUCUGGUGAUGGCAGCCAUGUUGGGCUGUGUGUUGGUGCUGGCUUCUGUGGUUGCCUGGUGCUACUACUCUGCGUCCCUCCGUAAAGCCCAGCUGCUGAAGGCUGAGCUGUUAGACCUCAACAAGGAUGGUUUUAUCAUUCAUAACCAGGCAGGAGCUGUCAUCUUCAGUAUGACCUUCAGGUCUGGCACUCUGGAUCUGGACUCCUGCUCAAAGGAGGGAAAUAUUCUGAGCUGCACUCGGUCAGAUUCUGGCAAGGUUAACUUCUUUAUCCAGACGGUUCGACCGAAGGACACAGUGAUGUGUUACAGAGUUCGUUGGGAGGAGGUGCAGAAUAAGUAUAUGGUCGAGCACGCCAUGGCAUAUAAUGACUCUCAUUGGUACGGAGGGGCGGAGACAGCAACACAGUACUGGCCUGUCAAGAUCCAGGGCGAGGAGAAGCCACAGCCCUUCAUCACCAGUGAUAUCUACUCUAAUCGAAACGCUUUUGGGGGAAUCCUAGAACGCUAUUGGCUGUCUUCGAAUGCAACUGCCAUCAAGAUUAAUGACUCAGUACCGUUUCAUUUGGGCUGGUCAGAGAAGGACAGGACACUUAGGUUUCAGGCCCGAUACCAGGACUCUCCCUUCAGACCACCAGAGGGUCAGCCGGCUUUACCUGAGCUCAGCUAUAGAGUGUGCGUGGGGUCGGAUGUUACCUCUAUUCAUAAAUACAUGGUCCGUCGGUAUUUCCCAAAGCCUGUCAAGGUCCCAUCUCCUGAAGUGUUUAAACAACCACUGUGGUCCACAUGGGCUCUCCACAAGACGGCUGUAACUCAGGAAAAGCUGCUGCGCUACGCCUCUGACAUCACCAAGCAUGGCUUCACAUGCUCCCAUCUGGAGCUGGACGACCGCUACACUGCAGACUAUGGAGAGUUUGACUUUGACCCGCAGAAGUUCCCCAAUGCCAGCGGUAUGUUUGACAGACUCAGAGAGGAGGGCUUUCAAGUCUCACUCUGGACACAUCCUUUUAUCAACUAUGACUCCAUUAAUUUUGGUGUCGCUGUGGAGAAAGGAUUGUUUGUCCGGGAGCCGAGCGGUGAGCUGCCUGCUCUCGUUCGCUGGUGGAACGGCAUUGGAGGUAUCUUGGACUUUACCAACCCAGAAGCCCGUGAGUGGUAUUCUUCACAUCUGCAUAUGCUCAAACAGCGCUAUGACGUGACGUCCUUCAAGUUUGAUGCAGGAGAGACAAGCUACCUCCCACGCCAGUUUAGCACCCUGGUCCCACUGUCCGACCCCUCCACCUUCACCCGCCGCUACACAGAGAUGGCCAUACCGUUCAGUGAGCGCGCAGAGCUGAGGGUGGGCUACCAGAGUCAGAACAUCUCCUGCUUCUUUAGGAUCAUCGACAGAGACUCUGUGUGGGGUUACGAGCUCGGCCUGAAGUCCAUCAUCCCGACUGUCCUGACCAUUAGCAUUCUGGGCUACCAGUUUGUCUUACCUGAUAUGAUAGGAGGGAAUGCAUACCCUAACCGCACCGCAGAGGGUAAAAACGGUCUGCCGGACAGAGAGCUGUACAUCCGAUGGUUGGAGCUGUCUGCUUUCAUGCCUGCCAUGCAGUUCUCCAUACCCCCAUGGGCCUAUGACAAUGAGGUGGUACAGAUAGCGCAGAAGUUCACAGAGCUCCACGAGAAUCUGGUGGCCCCUAGGGUUCUCGAACUGGCAGGUGAGGUUCUUGAUACAGGGGACCCAAUCAUAAGGCCCCUCUGGUGGAUCGCCAAUGACGACGAGGCAGCCUAUAAGAUUGACUCUCAGUUCCUGAUCGGGGAUGACCUGAUGGUGGCUCCGGUGUUAGAGCCAGGAAAGCAGGAGAGGGACAUCUACCUGCCUGCGGGACGGUGGAAAAGCUACAAGGGGGAAGAUUUUGUUAAAGGCCCCAUGUACCUCACCGACUACCCUGUGGACCUGGACGAGAUAGCCUACUUUACAUGGGUUCAUUGAAAA